AUGGACGCCAAGACCGAAGCCCCAAUUUCACCUACUGCCCCGGUUACCCAGUCUACAGAGGCAGGAAAAGAUCAGAACAGCGGCACCAACAACACUUCGAAUGCCGCAAGCGUAGGGGCCAGCGCAGCUCAGUCCACCCCGGCUGCCCAAUCGGAGCCCGCCGCCAAGAAACCGCGCCGUGAAACAAGCACCCUGACUCGUCAGUACCUGGACCAGACUGUAGCUCCUGUCCUGCUAAACGGAUUACAAGCGCUUGCCCGUGAACGGCCUGCGGAUCCCCUUCAGUUCUUGGCCGCAUACCUUCUGAAGCACAGCAACGGAUGCGAGGAGAACAGCUCCGCGCCGGCAGAGAACAACUCCUAAUCUCUUAAGUUCUAAAGCCCCAUAAAGUCAUCAUCCGCCGCCCCCUUAGAUGUAUAAGUGAAGAGUUCGCAAAUAAAAGUUUAAAUUAGAAUGUAA